ACAAGAUCGGAUUACAAGAUGGCGGUCUGUGGACGUUAGCAGAGAGGCCGCCGGAGUUGUUGUGUUCUCUGUGAAUUUUUUUUUUUUAUAUAUACUACUUCACAUCACGGCUUUCCUGUUUGAGCUGCUUUGACGCCGCGAACGUGAUGUGUUCAUAAAAAAUUAGGCCACUGAGAUAUUUUCCACGGCUGUUUUUCUGAAGUUGACUUUUAUACAUAUAGCGGUGCAUGUAGUGUAACAUGCGGCUGGAAACAAAGUUAACAGGUCGCGGGUAGAAAACAGUCGACGGGGGUUGAGGCGACAGCUUGUUAGCACGUAGCUAGCCUGCUAGCUUCGACUCGGUUAACCAUGUCGGACACUCGGCGGCGAGUCAAAGUGUAUACGCUGAAUGAAGACCGGCAGUGGGACGAUCGGGGCACCGGACACGUCUCGUCUACCUUUGUUGAACGCCUGAAGGGGAUAUCGUUAUUAGUUCGGGCCGAAUCAGACGGGUCACUACUAUUGGAGUCCAAGAUAAGCCCAAAUACUGCAUAUCAGAAACAACAGGACACAUUGAUUGUCUGGUCAGAAGCAGAUAAUUAUGAUCUGGCUCUGAGUUUCCAGGAGAAAGCUGGCUGUGAUGAGAUCUGGGAGAAGAUUUGCCAGGUGCAAGGGAAGGACCCUGCCCUGGACAUCACCCAGGACCCCAUCGAUGAAUCAGAGGAGGAGCGAUUUGAGGAGAUCCCAGAGACAAGCCACCUGGUGGAGCUCCCUCCUUGCGAGCUCAGCAGACUGGAGGAGAUAGCUGACCUGGUUACCUCUGUCCUUUCUUCGCCCAUUCGGAGGGAAAAACUUGCCCUGGCCCUAAUGAGCGAGGGCUACAUCAAGAAACUCCUGGGUCUCUUCAGAGUAUGUGAGGACCUGGACAACAGGGAAGGCUUACAUCACCUCUAUGAGAUUGUCCGAGGUGUCUUAUUCCUCAAUAAAGCGGCCCUCUUUGAGGUGAUGUUCUCUGACGAAUGUAUCAUGGAUGUGGUGGGCUGCCUUGAGUAUGACCCAGCACUGGUUCAGCCUAAACGGCACCGGGAAUUCUUGACCAAGACAGCAAAGUUUAAGGAGGUGAUCCCUAUCACGGACUCUGAGCUACGGCAGAAAAUCCACCAGACCUACCGGGUGCAGUACAUCCAGGACAUCAUCCUGCCCACGCCGUCUGUCUUUGAGGAGAAUUUCCUCUCCACGCUCACCUCCUUCAUCUUCUUCAACAAGGUGGAGAUUGUCAGUAUGCUGCAGGAGGACGAGAAGUUCCUAACAGAGGUUUUUGCACAGCUUACAGAUGAAGCCACAGAGGACAGUAAAAGGAGAGAGCUUGUGAACUUUGUCAAGGAAUUCUGUGCUUUUUCACAAACGUUGCAGCCACAAAACAGGGAUGCUUUCUUCAAAACUCUGGCAAAUCUAGGCAUUUUACCUGCUCUUGAAAUAGUCAUGGGAAUGGAUGACCUGCAGGUGAGAGCAGCAGCUACAGACAUCUUCUCCUACCUGGUGGAAUUCAGCCCCUCCAUGGUCAGGGAGUUUGUCAUGCAGGAACCACAGCAGACUGAUGAUGAUGUGCUGCUGAUUAAUGUAGUGAUCAAGCAGAUGAUUUGUGACUCAGACCCAGAGUUAGGAGGGGCGGUCCAGCUGAUGGGUCUGCUCAGGACGCUUAUCGACCCUGAGAACAUGCUGGCUUCCACCAAUAAAACUGAGAAGACAGAAUUUCUGAGUUUCUUCUACAAAUACUGCAUGCAUGUCCUGACUGCUCCUCUGCUGGCCAACACUGCACAUGACAAAAACUCAAAAGAUCUACAGGAGGGAUCAACCAAGAUCAAUCCAGUCUGUCCAGAUAACUUCCAGACCGCUCAGCUCCUGGCGCUCAUCCUGGAGCUGUUGACCUUUUGUGUGGAGCACCACACCUAUCACAUCAAGACCUACAUCAUGAAUAAAGACCUGCUCAGGAGAGUGCUGGUGCUCAUGAACUCAAAACACACCUUCCUCGCUCUUUGUGCCCUGCGUUUCAUGCGAAGGAUCAUUGGUCUGAAGGAUGAGUACUACAACCGUUAUAUCAUCAAAGGGAACCUAUUUGAGCCUGUCAUUAACGCCCUGCUGGACAACGGCACCAGAUACAACCUCCUCAACUCAGCCAUCAUAGAGCUCUUUGAGUUCAUUAAAGUGGAGGACAUCAAGUCUCUCAUCGCUCACAUUGUGGAUAACUUCUACAAAGCACUUGAAUCCAUCGAGUAUGUCCAGACUUUCAAGGGCCUGAAAGGACGGUACGAGCAGGAAAAAGACCGACAGAGUCAGAGAAUCAACAGCAGAUAUCGCAGGGAUGCACGGUCGUUGGAUGAGGAUGAGGAGUUGUGGUUCAAUGACGACGACGAUGACGACGACGGGGAGGCUGUGGAGAAGAGCCGAAUGGAAGAAGACUUCUCUGACAGCUACGGCAAAUACAUGGAAGCCAAAAAAGGAGCUGCCAACGGAGCUAAUGGUGCCAACAACAAUGGGAAGGCUGCUGCCAUUCCGCCUGCCUCACCAGCCGUCACUCCAAACAACAGUUCAACUUCAUCCGUGAAAACAGUUGCUCUUCCUGCCACACCAGUAGUGAAGACUGCUCUGGUCGGUUUGGUGGACUACCCUGACGAUGAGGAUGAAGAGGAAGAAGAGGAGGAGGAAGAGCAGUCUCCGAGGAAGCGGCCCCGCCUGAGCUCUUAAGGCAAAAUGUCCUCUUUUUGGUCGUGGUGGGACGGACAUCGAGUCCCUCCCAUCAUCCCUCCUCUGGUCGUCUCAUUGGUCCUCGGCCUGCUUGUGCCACCUGUCAGUCUCACUGAGGAGACAGACAAAGACGAGCUCCCACCUCACUCAGUUCCUCCUGAUCUCUGCUCUUCUUUUCUCCCUCAGGGGAAGGAGAUGGAGAGCUUCUCUUUUACUGGAAAGAAAGACAGAUCUGUCUGUUCCUUCAGCCCCUUGAUUUUUACCUCUUCCCCUCCCAAAAAGCUCCUUUCUUCCUCCUGAAGAACUCAUUGACCCUUUACAAACUUUCAUAACACUCUCCUGCUCUCCCUGUUCUGACCUCCUUCUGAACAACUUUUUCCCCCUCAUCCACCAUCCUACCUACCGACCAGAGAGGCUGCGGUGGAAAAAAUGGUGCCAAGGCGGUUCCCAACUCUGCUCUGUUGCUAUAGCAACAGCAGUAAGGAAGCUGCGGUACUACAGCAACCCCACAGGAACCCUCACAUGUCCUUAUAUGAACUUUCCCUUCCAUCCUCCUCGAACCCGAGCCAGAGAGCUCCAGAGGCAGAGGAAGCCAGAACACAAGCAGCCAGUGUAUGAACUGUUCGGCGAGCCAGUCAGGCUAGCAGGACUAGCCGUCAUAGUUUAUAGAAAGCUUGACUGGCCGAAGCAAACUGUGCCGCCCUGCCACAGAACUGCUCAGCUUCAUCGGGGGAUAGAGGGAUCUAGGCAACAUAGAUGAGUCAAAACAAAAUGUUUUAGAGAUGAGGGAGGGUAACACACGUCAAAACGUACCAGGAUGAAAACUCAGCAGUAAUGAGGCUUAGAUCUAGAGGAGCAGGACUCAACCUUCAAAAGCCAUUGCGUCAGUUUGGCCAAGGCACACACACACACACACACACACACACACACAACAUCUCGCACACAGGACUGCGUUAGCCAGAAAUCCUGUAUUUCAUGAAUUUGUUCAAAAGUACUGUACAGGUGUUUUUUUUUUUUCUUCUUUUUAAUCAUUUGCCCCUGAUCUGAUUUUGGAAGGGGAGAGAGACGCCUACCUACCUGUGUAUUUCUUUCUUUCUUUUUUUUGUUGUUGUUGCACAAAGAGGUGGGGGUCACUGUUCUCCCUUUCAGUCCAGUUCAUUUGAUUCAAUGUAAAAUGCAGAGAAGUUGCAAAUGGUGGUUUUAAAAAAAUAACGUAUUAAAACUGCAGUAAAGUCCUUUUUGCAGCCAACAUUUUGAGGAUGUCUGGAGUUUUGUAUUUUAGCGGAUUGAAGAAAUUUAGUGGCGUCUUUUAAUGAUGCACACUUAGGCCCUUUUUAUGUUUGUUUUUUUGUUUAUUUUGUUUUAACUGGGUGACAAACCUGAGCUGUCGGGUAGAGAGUGCACACUUUUUAGUUUCAGGAGUUUCAAAGCUUGGCACCCUCCUCCUCCUCUCCCACCCCAAACAGAUCUCAGGUUCAGAAUUCAAUUUGUGUCACACAAAAAGCAAACCCACCUUGUCUGUGCGCUGUAACACUGCUAGCUGGUGAAACAUCUCACGUUUUUAUUACUGAGUAGAGAAGAAAUCUAGAGUUUUAUGAGGCUUGAGGUGCCAGGAGCUUUUUUUUUUUUUUUAUUAAUCUCAGCCUGAUGGUCCAGAAAGUUCAGCACCAGUUGAUCCAGGACAGAGAUAUUCAACAAUUUACGUCUAAUUUGACUUUGAUCUGUCGAUAUAUCAAAAAUGUGUUGAAGGAAUUUAAUUUGUUUCUUUACAUUUUAUUUUAAUUCAAACUCCAUGAUUGGAUGAGCUGUUUGUGUAUUACUCAUGAUUUAGCCCCCCCACCCAGAGUUUGAUGCAGUGGAGCUUUUCAAAUGAAACUGUGUAGGUGAAGUAUUUCUCACCAAGCACGCAGGUUUGAUGACGUCAGAAGGGGGCAGACACAUUUCAGUGUCUGGUUAAAACAUUUCUCAUCUCUCCUGGUCUCACCACAAGCACACACAAACAUACACACACACACACACACACAGAGUGAGAGAGGCAGAUGAAGGGAAUCAAAGAGUCAAGAGUGCGAGCAGCAGGGUAGGAACACAAAUACAAUGAUCAUUGCCAAUGUGCUUUUCAGAAGUUAUAAGGGAGAGAGAGAGCAGUACACGAGCAGUGAAUUGUCUUUUUCUCCUGCUUACACACUCUUGUCUGUUAGUGUCGCCCAACGAUAUGACUGUUUUUGCUCUCCCUUGAUGAAUUUGUACCAAGUGCAUUUACUACCACUAUCCAUUCUUAACAUUUGUAUGAAUUUAUUUGAUAAGUUUUGAAAUUAAAUGUGACCCUGACAUUGAA